AUGUCUACGGACGUUCCAGGCCAGGCCUCAGAUCUGGAGCUCCUUGUCAAUGAGGCAAGGACACUUGUGUCUCAGCUCUAUGACCCGGCCAAUGCUGGUAACCCCGCGAAGAUCAAACUUAUCCAGGAACAUCUCCAGGUCCUUCAAAAAGGUCCCCAAGCGUGGCUAAUUGCCAAUAGCCUUCUGGGCCAUGAAAAUACUGAUUUGAGGUUCUUUGGGGCUCUGACCUUUACGGUUAAAAUUAACCAGGACUGGCAGCAGUUGAAUGAGAGUGAAGCCCAAGAGCUUCUAGGACGGUUGAUAGACCAUUAUGUGUUUCUAGUUAAUGGAGGCGAGCGACCUUUGGUCAUCAGAAAGCUUGCUUCCAGCUUGGCGACUAUUUUUCUCAAGCCAAGUGCUCCUUGGACUCGUGCUCUUCUAAACGUGGCUGCUUCUUUAGCAAAUGGAAAGUAUCUCUCCGAAGAGCAAUGCCAAUCUAUUGAUUUGGAGACUGCCGUUCUUCCUGCCAUGUCCGAAAAGCAAGUGGUGGCAUUGCUCUACUUCUCAAACACUCUAGCAGAAGAGUUCAAUAAAUAUGGCUCAGAAACUCGGCGAAGUGCAGAAGGUCACCGUGUGGCUAAGAAUGUGAAUGAUGCCUUUUGCCUUGCUGGAUUCGUUCUACGCCAUCUUCUGCAACAGGAAGCAUCUGGGAGUCCUGUUUCCGAUGCAGCACCAGGGGUGGAAGCCAUCAAUUCUUACCACUCAUGGAUUUGUGUUCGAGGAACGAUCCAGAUGCGCGAAACCAUAUCGGCCUCGGACCUUGAAUCUACCACGAGCUACAUAAUCCAGAGUCUAAAGGCUUUGAGUCUUUCUAAGGCGGCAGCUCAAGUCUUGAUUGAACUGAUAGACUGGCGUGACAGUAUUUUCAGUCAGGAUCACAUUCAUUCGAUCUUAGAAUUUAUCAUCAGCGAUUUUGGUGCUGCCCAUGUUUCUUCUCUCAUGGAAGGUGACUUUGAAGACGAGAACAUGACAUUCUUGGAACUUGUACUAGCAUAUGCGGCCAUCAAACAGCGAGAACUCUUCACCGGCACCCUUGACCCAGAGCAUGAGAAAAUUCUAACGCUUCUUCAUACUCUUUUCAAGGCUCCUGGAUAUGCAGCAGUCGACGACUCGGCAUCACCGUUGGUCCUUGAAUGGUGGACUGAAGUUGCUGAUGAUCUCCAAGAGAUAUUUUUCGUGGCAGAGGAGACAGACGGUUUUGAUCGUGCUAAACAGAAUCUGGCCCGUGCCGCUCUAGACUGCUUCGAAAAGUUGAAGUACCCGAAUUCUGAGGAGCUGAAAGAUUGGAGUGAUGAUGAUCGUAGUGAGUUUGGCUCGUUUCGCCGAGACGUUUGCGAUUUUCUCCUGGCUGUCUAUCCGAUGCUAGGAGUUGAGUUGGUUCAGGUCUUCCAGGAACGCGCGAGGUCAUCUCUAGCAAAUCAGGACUGGAAAACAUUCGAGGCUGCGAUUUUCUGUAUCGCUCAGCUUUCUGAAGCUGUUGACGAAAACAAACACGCCGACGAAUGUUUGAAUGUGAUUUUCUUUUGUGAUGAAUUUGCACGUCUAUGUGGAGGGGAGGGUGUGAAAAUUCCAGACAAAGCUCGCCAAACAUUGGUGGACAUGCUUGGAAAAUACCAAUCGUAUUUUGAACGCACCCAUGCUUUACUUCCUCGAGUUUUGACUUUUUUGUUUGCAUCACUUGACGUCGCUCCAUGCGCUCCUACAGCGUCCAAAUCUAUUUCUCAUCUCUGCAAAUCAUGUCGCAACGCUCUCACUUUUGAACUGCCAGCAUUCAUGGAUCAAUUUGAAAGCUUUCGGUUCAAACCUACAGCCACAGCCCUCACAAUGGAGAAGGUUCUGGAGGGAAUCGCUGCUAUCAUACAAACUCUUCCCGCAGAUGAGGAAAAAGCACAAUUUCUCGAGAGGAUUUUGCAUUUUUUUUUGGAGCAAGCGAAGUUGGCUCGAGAUGAGGCUGUUCGAGGUUUGAUAGAGCCAGCUCACGCUCGCGCUCAACUUGUAUUGCGCUGCGUUGCGAGCAUCGGGAAAGGCCUGCGAACAGAUGGUGAAAUCGUUCUUGAUUCCAAUGACGGCAGCAAUGAAGACUCAUACCCUCCAACGUUUUGGAAUACUGGAAAUGGAGCUGCGUCGCAGAAUCUUAUUAUGCAAUGCAUGCAGCUUCUGAUGACCGACUUCCCAUUGGAUAUCACUCUCAUCGAGGCAGCAUGCGACAUUUUGAAAGCCGGUUAUACCGAAAAGACUGGCCCGUACGUCUUCCCACCGAUGAUGACUGUCAACUUCGUGAAGAGUAUUCCACUUGGUAGCUCUGGCGCCGACAUAGUAAUGGGCACAGCCUCAGCAUUCCUGGCAUCUCAUAGUGCUCAUCCGCAACGCAUUCAGGAGGAAACAGUUUCACUGAUUGUUCACGUGUAUGAAACAUUCUGCUGGAUGCACGAAAAGCCGGAAUUUUAUGAUCCUGAAGUUGCAAAUAGCGGGAUCGAUUUUCUCACUCGCUUACUCCCCAAGUAUCAUCUUUUUCUUUUUGCGCUUACGUCUACGCCCCAGGAGGCUGGGCUGAGCAAACCUAGCAAUGAUGAUAGCCUCCCAUCACGGCCGCCAAUCCUGCAAGCUAUCUUGAACUUCAUUCUACUCGCCUUACAGGGACCAGAACCGCUUCCACUUCGUUCCUCCUCUCAAUUUUGGGUAAGCGUGCUGAACAUCCCGGGCAGUAGCAACCUGAAUGAAGCAAGCCCCGUACAAAAUGCCCUUAGAGACUGCCUGCCCGCACUCUGUCGCAUUCUUAUAACUCAGAUCGCGGGUCGUUGCGCUCGAUCCGAUCUUGAACACCUCUGUGAAGUCCUCCGAAGAGUCAUUUUCAAGCAGCAAGGACCGGCUCGCCCACACCUCACUGAGGCGCUAGCUUCGUUGGAAAGCGAUGAUUCAAACCAAACCCAAUGCCAAGUGGUAUCACCUCAGGAAAAGCAGCGUUUUCUCGCAUCUCUUUUGACUGCCAGAGGCGCCAAGACGCAAACGGUCCAGCUGGCACGAUCCUUCUGGCUUAAAUGCCGUGGUACAAGUUUCGAUUAUAUUGGAUAG